CCACGGGACACCUGGCGAGCAACAAAGUGCUUAAUUAAAUUAAUCGGAGUCCCUUUCGAGGAAAACUUUGUUUUGUUGCUCUUCCCCGUUGGCGCAGGAGCGAAGGCCGGCGGAGGCCACACAGCGUGCGGCGUCUCCCAUCCAAAUAUUUCUCUCCUCCCUCUCCCCCUACCCAAAAAACCCUCGGACGGUGGCGCGUCGGCGGAGGAUCUGCGGAUCCGUGACCUAAUUUCAUACGCUUAUCCCCUUCCGUGCUCACUUUCCUCUCUGCCCGAUCGGAAAUCCUACUCAAUUGGCCGCCCUGGAGACGCUAAUCGGUCCCUGAACUAGCUCUGAUAACGCUUCCUUGGAGCUGCUUUGAAAUAGACACAUCAGAGUGUGAAAUACAGAAGCUGGAUCGUGGAGAUUUAUCAAAUAAAUAUAAAGAGUAUUGGACAUAAAAAUUAGGAAUGGCACCUUUAAGCAAAGCAGAUAGGAAAGCAGCAUUAGAUGUUGCAGCAUGGAUGUUCAAUAUAGUGACUUCUGUGGGACUUAUUAUGGUUAAUAAAGCUUUAAUGGCCACACAUGGAUUCAGUUUUGCUACAACUUUAACUGGCUUGCAUUUUGCUACCACAACACUCACGACAGUUGUUCUUAGGUGGUUGGGACUUGUUCAGGCCUCCCAUUUACCUUUGCCUGAACUUUUGAAAUUUGUCCUUUUUGCAAACUUGUCAAUUGUUGGGAUGAAUGUGAGCUUGAUGUGGAAUUCUGUGGGAUUCUAUCAGAUAGCAAAGCUGUGUAUGAUACCAGUAUCAUGUCUUCUAGAAGUCUUGUUGGAUAAGAUUCAUUACUCCCGAGACACCAAGCUCAGUAUAGUGGUGGUUCUCGUAGGUGUUGCUGUAUGUACUGUUACUGAUGUGAGUGUCAAUACUAAGGGUCUGAUAGCAGCCACUAUUGCAGUUUGCAGCACCUCAUUGCAACAAUAUUAUGUUCAUUUUCUUCAACGGAAAUAUUCACUUGGAUCAUUCAACCUCUUGGGUCACACUGCUCCUGCCCAGGCAGGAUCACUGCUGCUGUUAGGGCCUUUUCUGGAUUUUUGGUUGACUAAUAAAAGAGUGGAUGCAUUUGCUUACAGUGCAGCUGCUGUGUUUUUCAUCAUCUUGUCAUGCUUGAUUGCAGUUGGAACGAACCUUAGCCAAUUCAUCUGCAUUGGCCGAUUCUCAGCAGUGUCUUUCCAAGUCCUUGGUCACAUGAAGACCAUUCUUGUCUUAAUCUUGGGAUUCAUCUUCUUCGGAAAGGAGGGUCUCAAUCUUCAUGUGAUUCUUGGCAUGAUCUUAGCAGUGACAGGGAUGAUCUGGUAUGGAAAUGCGUCAUCAAAGCCAGGUGGGAAAGAGCGUCGAAGUUAUUUGAUGCCAGCUGACAAGUCUCAGAGGCAUGGAGUGCUGUCUGAACGAGGAGAGCAUGAUGAGAAAGUAUGAAACGUGGCAAGCAGGCACUUUCAUUCUCCACCCUAGCGCGCCCUCUUUUUGAGGGCUCAAUAGAGGAAGCAUAGCUGGAGCAAUAGAUUGCCUCCUAAAAAUUUGACCAGGUGGGGAUUUUCUUUCCCCUUUAUUUUUUUUUCAUAUUAUUUUUUCCUUGAUUUCUGAUACAAAUGCUGGUUGUUUCAGCAAUGAUUCCCCCAUGGAAGUUUACUUUAUUUUCAUUUACACUUAUAGCUUUUUUUUUUUAUGAGGAAAUACAUAUAUGGUACUCUUCGUUAUUUUUACCCCAACAUAUUUAAGAAUUCUGGGCUAUAUUAACAGUUUGUUUAACUUGUCACAA